ACUACCCAAAAGGCAUAGCGAACUAUGCAACCGAACGUCAUGAAAACAGGAAAAUGAGAAGAGUACUCUCCACCAGGAUGGAAAAGAAUGUGUGGAAGGGGAAUUACUGUAAAUCAGUGUAGAUGGGAGUAGGGAUCAGCAAUUUUCAUCUCGAUGGACGACAGAAGCGGUGGUGGUUAGUGCGGGUCAUUAAACAGUGUCGAGACUCUGUUUCCCCGUUCAUUCCCGUGUAUUGGACACAUAUAAUGGAACGAGCGAUGGAGCAGCUAAACGUACAGUUGAGUCGGCUGACGCGCUCCCUCCGCAGAGCCAGGACUGUCGAACUCCCUGAAGACAAUGAGACUGCAGUCUACACACUUAUGCCCAUGGUGAUGGCUGACCAGCACAGGUCAGUAUCAGAGUUGCUGCUGAACUCCAAGUUUGACGUGAACUAUGCCUUUGGGCGUGUGAAGAGAAGUCUGCUACACAUUGCUGCUAACUGUGGGUCAGUGGAGUGUCUUAUUCUGUUGCUGAAGAGAGGAGCCAACCCUAACUACCAGGACAUUUCUGGCUGUACUCCUCUUCACCUGGCUGCCAGGAAUGGACAGAAGAAGUGCAUGGGCAGACUGCUGGAGUACAACGCAGACGUCAAUAUCUGCAACAACGAGGGGCUGACGGCUAUCCACUGGCUGGCGGUGAACGGCCGCACCGAGCUGCUCCAUGACCUUGUGCAGCAUGUGACCAACGUGGACGUGGAGGACGCCAUGGGACAGACGGCCCUCCACGUGGCCUGUCAGAACGGACACAAGACGACGGUGCUCUGUCUGCUGGACAGCGGUGCUGACAUCAAUCGGCCCAACGUCUCCGGGGCAACGCCACUCUACUUUGCUUGCAGCCACGGCCAGCGCGACACGGCCCAGAUCCUCCUCUCUAGAGCCGCCAAGUACCUCCCGGACCGCAACGGGGUCACGCCGCUGGACCUCUGCGUGCAGGGUGGCUAUGGGGAGACAUGCGAGAUCCUAAUCCAGCACCACAACAGACUGUUCCAGACCCUCAUCCAGAUGACCCAGAACGAUGACCUCAAGGAAAGCAUGCUCAGGCAGGUCCUGGAGCAUGUUUCCCAGCAGAGUGACAGCCAGUACCAAAGAACCCUGACAAGUCUGGCCGAGGUGGCCACCACCAACGGACACAAGCUCCUCAGUCUCUCCAGCAGCUUUGAGGCGCAGAUGAAGAGCCUGCUGCGCAUCGUUCGCAUCUUCUGCCACGUGUUCCGCCUGGGUCCGUCGUCCCCCGGCAACGGCAACGACAUGGGCUACAAUGGCAACAAGACCCCCCGCAGCCAGGUGUUCAAGAUGCGUAUAAAACAGGAACAGGAAGAGUGGGCUCGGAGCCAGCAGGCUUCCUGGAGAGAUUUUGAUCCCCUAGAACCGAUGGAGCUGCUGUGGCACUCCCUUGACGAGUGGCUGGUGUUGAUCUCCUCCGAGCUGGACCGCAACGGGAGGAACCCCUCCUCGGCCUCCUCACCCAGCAGCGAGAUCGCCUCGCUCCUCCUCAAGCAGCGCGAGGCCAGCGACGGCGCCGCCGCGACCACCGCGGCGUCAUCCCCCGUGGACGCUGACGUCAACGGCGACGCGGCAGACCCCGACGCGGCAGACCCCGACGCGGCAGACCCCGACGCGGCGGACCCCGACGCGGCGGACCCCGACGCGGCGGACCCGCCGGUCGUCAUGGAGACCACGGAGGCGUACGGCGACGGGGAGGACGUGAUCUCCAUGACGUCGAACCGCCUCAGCGCUGUCAUCCAGGCGUUCUACAUGAGCUGCUCUUGUCAGAUGCCGCCGGGAAUGACUUCGCCGCGCUUCAUUGAGUUUGUGUGCAAGCAUGACGAGGUGCUCAAGUGCUUCGUGACCCGGAAUCCAAAGAUCAUCUUUAACCACUUCCACUUCCUGCUGGAGUGUCCCGAGUUGAUGUCCCGUUUCAUGUUCAUCAUCAAAGGCCAGCCCUUUAAGGAGCGCUGCGAGUGGUUCUAUGAGCACCUGCUGGCGGGACGGCCAGACAACGAGAUGGUCCACCGGCCUGUUAACGAGAACGACAUCCUGCUGAUACACAGAGACUCUGUGUUCCGCAGCAGCUGUGAAAUGGUGUCCAAGUCCACCAAUGAGAAGCUCAAACAAGGCAUCGCCGUCCGCUUCCACGGCGAGGAGGGCAUGGGUCAGGGCGUGGUGCGGGAGUGGUUCGACGUCCUGUCAAAUGAGAUAGUCAACCCAGACUACGGGCUCUUCACCCAGUCGGCUGACGGUACCACGUUUCAACCCAACAGCAACUCGUCGGUGAACCCGGACCACCUGAACUACUUCUGCUUCGCGGGGCAGGUCCUGGGCCUGGCACUGUACCACCGGCAGCUGGUUAACAUCUACUUCACGCGCUCCUUCUACAAGCACAUACUGGGCAUCCCGGUCAACUACCAGGACGUGGCCUCCAUCGACCCCGAGUAUGCCAAGAACCUGCAGUGGAUCCUGGACAACGACAUCAGCGACCUGGGCCUGGAGCUCACCUUCUCGGUUGAGACGGACGUGUUCGGAGCCAUGGCGGAGGUGCCUCUGAAGCCCGGCGGCACCGGGAUUCUGGUCACCCAGGACAACAAGGCCGAGUACGUCCAGCUGGUGACGGAGCUGAGGAUGACACGCGCCAUCCAGCCCCAGAUAAACGCCUUCCUGCAGGGGUUCCACACCUAUAUCCCCCCCUCGCUCAUCCAGCUCUUUGACGAAUAUGAACUGGAGCUGCUGCUGUCUGGGCUGCCCGAGAUCGACGUGCAGGACUGGAAGAAGAACACAGAGUACACCAGUGGCUACGAUCUGCAGGAGCCCGCGGUGCAGUGGUUCUGGAACGUGGUGGAGAACUUGACGCAGGAGGACCGGGUUUUGCUGCUGCAGUUUGUCACGGGCAGCUCCAGAGUGCCUCACGGCGGGUUUGCCUACCUCAUGGGUGGGAGUGGCUUGCAGAAGUUCACCAUCGCUGCCGUGCCCUUCACCUCCCACUUGCUGCCUACCUCUAGCACAUGCAUCAACAUGCUGAAGCUCCCAGAGUACCCCAGCCAGGAGGUGCUGAAGGAUCGCCUGCUGGUGGCGUGUCACUGUGGGAGCUACGGCUACACCAUGGCGUGACUCCCCUACCCCCCAAGCCCUCCCCCCUUGCUGCCUCACCCACCCACAGGGGGGAGUCCAGGGGGCAUACACGCCGCAGGAGAGGCAUAUCUGCAGGAGGGAGAGGGAGCGACGCGACGACCGCACCUCCACCACCCACCCCUCC